CGGUCCCGCGGCUCCCCCGCGGCCGCUGUGGCCCGGCUCUCCCGCCCCGCUGUUUUUCCGCCUCAGCGAGGGAGAUGCGCCCCGGGGCGGUGCGAGCGCGGCCCCCGCGCCUCGGUGGCGAGCUGCCCCCGCCGGGGGUCCCGGGGGUCCCCGCGGCCUCCGCCGCCUCCCGCCGGGCGCGGCCCGGGGGUCCCGCGGCGGUUCCGUGCGUGCCGGGACGGUUCCGCUCGUUCUCUUCCUUUCAGAUGGUUUUAAAGCCCCGGGGGAGGAACCGGAGCCUCCCGAGAGGGCACGGCCGCUGUCAGAAGUUUGUGGUUUAAUUUCCGAGGGUGCAGGGUCCGUCUGUGCGCCCGAGGGCCGGUGGAGUGAGCUGGGCUGCUGGAGCAGCAGCUGCGCUGAACAUCCCUCAGUCAGCCCGUAUUUGGUCACUUUUGGGUUUAGGAGACGUGGCCGUUGAGAUGUCUCAGUCCUUUUGUCUUAAAGAAUCUCCUUGUGGAAGGCUUCAACUUCCAAGCCCAGCUCUGCUCCGGCGGUGUCUGUGGCAGUGCCACUGCCAUUGCACCGUUGCACUGGGAGGAAGGUGACUCCAUCUGUGAAGCCUUUGAGCUGGAUCUGUCUUGACCCCCAGUUAUGAAGUAGGAAAUCUAAAAAACAUAAAUAACUUCAGGGUCUCUCAGGGAGCUAGUCAGAGGUUUGGUUUAAGGGCUGCCUGCCGAGGUGUUUGGGCUGGCUGGCAUUGGGUGGAAGGAGCUGGCUCUCUCCUGGUGACCCAGUGACACAGGUACAGCAGUGCCAGGGAUGGAGUGAGGAUGAUCCAGCUGCUUGGAUGUGAAUGGAUCCUGCAGUUCCUCCCCACAGCCCUGUCAGUGGUGUACAGCUUGUGAGGAUACUUGUGUUCCUUCAGUGUAGCCCCUGGACUUGUGCAGAAGUGGAUUUAUAGGGCUUGAGGGUGGGUUUUCCUUGUUUUUUUUUCUCUUGUGUAUGUUUGUUUUGGUUUUGCCAGCCCAGGUUAUGCAUUGAAGCAUGUAAACAUUCAGGAGGAACAGUGUGGGUGAGUCCAGUGAGGCUCGUGUCUUGUACUGAGGAUGUUCAGGAUAACUCUUGGUGCUUCUGAGUAAGAUUUUUUUGGCUAUUGGAGUGUUUUCUUACUGCUUGCCAGAAGAAAACCUAAUCAGACAAGCAUCUGACUUCCAGCAACUUGCAUCAUCUUUUGUGUGUAAAUGAUAAUAUUUUAGACCCAUGUGGCUUUGCUUGAAAAACUGGAGAAGGGCACAAGGCAGCUACUGUGGAACUUCCCAGCAGGAGCCUGGUGGUCUCAUUCUCCAUCCUGCAUUUCUUCUUAGGAUCCAGGUUCUUUGAACCAGGUGUGUCACUGCAGAUGGCAGGGAUGCUUUUCUGCCAGGUGACCCUGGGGGCAGAGGCUGUGCUAUGUGACCUUGCACACAGUCAGCUCAUUCAAGCAUCCUGAGCUCUGACAGGUGAAAAAAAAUCAGUAUUUAUAGGCUGCCCAAAGCAGCACAUGAGACUGUGACUCUGAAGCAGUCACCUAAUACACCUCAUCACCCUUGUGUGGUGGGGAAGGCAUUUCUUCACACAGUUCCUCUCACCUGUCUUCUGGCCAGGACCUUGGGCACGGUGGGUGCAUGAGAUGUCUAAGCCUCAACAGCAUCUUAGAGCCAUUGAUGAACCAGAAAUAGAAGGAUCUCAUACUAGAUUAUCCACUUAAAGAGACCUACAGUUGCGUAGCUGCACUUCCAGCUUGCAGGACUGAUUGUAAAUCCACUAAAAAUAGAUCUUUAUUUCACACUAGGCUUACACAUGCUCCCUGUCAAAAUGCUUUUAAUUUCCCUCUCUGACGUGUGCUGGUGUAUUUUGUAUUCUGCUCAACGUUUCUGAGAAUCACAGGCAAAAAUGUUCUUCAGUGUUGCUCCUCCUACAGAGCUAAAACUCUGCACGUUCCAUAAAAUAAACUUUAAAGGUUCAUCUGGAUGCCCAAAGCCAUGGCAGGAUCCCACAAGUGCUGUCAGAGCUAGAUGACCAGUAAAUUGGGGAAGUGAUGUAAACUUCCAUAAUUAGGGGCACAGGAAUCCUCAGCUACCACUGCUGUGAAUAGUGGAAGGGGGAAAAUUCUGUUUUGGGGGUAAGAAAUAGCCAGUGCUGAAGUUGUAGCUCUGGUGGAGGGCUGAUGUGGUGCUGGGAGUGUCAGGCUGGGGAGGGAUAGAAGGGGCAGUGCUGGAGGCUGGGAUUUGGUGUCUGAAGCUUGCAGGAUCCUCUCCUCCAGUUCUUCCAUUAAGUGCUCUGUAUACUUAAUACAGCUCUUGAUUGGAAAUUGUUCCCCUGAGCAUAGAUUCUUUUAUCCGUAUGUAAAUGCUCCUUUGUGCUCAGUUUUAGGCCACGUACUUCACUUGCUGUGUCUGUCACUGGAGAGAGGUUUGAAUAAUUCCCUGAUUUUUUGGAACAGACGUGUUGUAUUUUGCAGAUCUCGCUGGGCUCGGGAGCAAUGAGUUUCCCCAUGUCAGCUGUCUGCAGCCUUUGAGUGAUGGGGUGACAGCUCAGGAGGGAGGCAUGGAGACCUUGUAACCUAUGGAGGCAGGAAAAAGUGUGAUGGAGCUGUAUGGAAUUGAAUUAGUUUACUCUCUCUGAAUGUGGCUCAUCACUUGCUUUGGUUUUUCUUUACACUGCUUGUGUUUUCAUUGGGUUUUAACUCAAGUUAGUUCUGUAAUUCUUUUCCCCAUGAGGUUCUUACCUCAUUCUCAGAAGCUUGUGAGCUUCAGGAAUCUGGGUGGAUAUGAUUAGAGGAAUUCCAUUUGUAGAGUCAAGGUUCAGAUUGGAAGGACCUUUAAAGAUCAUCUUGUUCCAGCCUCCUGCCACAGUCAGGGGCAGCUUCCACUGGUCCAGGCUGCUCCCAGCCCCAUCCAGCCCAGCCAUACCACAACAUCCAGUUGAAGUGCAGAACUGCACUUGGGUUUUUCAUUACUUGUGGAGGGUGGAGAUGGUCUGAGGUGCAAACGUUGGCCUGCACAGCUUUGGGGUGAUUUUGCUCACGUCCCGUUGGCGUGGCUGCUGCAGUGACUCACUUCUAGAUGUCACUGGUAGAAAUGGGGUGUCUGGGUCCUUCCUCUGGCUUCCCACACGAGUCAGACUGAGAGACAGCGCCGUGUUGCUGACUCCUGAAGCGUGGGGACAGAUGACACCAGAGCUGUGCACCGCGAUGCUGGGGGAAUUCAGACCACGGUUAUGAAGAAGUUCCUGAAUGAAUUCCUGUUGCUGCUUUCCAGGCCAUGGCCUGUGCCUGUCUCAGGCUCUUUCUGCUCGUGCCCAGGUCUGUGGAGCUGGGUGCCUUUGCAUUCCAGGAGCAGCCCUGUCUGCUGCCGGGAAGGCGCAGGAGCCGGCGCGUGGUCGGCAGCUGUAGGGUAAUCUGCUCCCAAAGAAACUGAGUGGUUUACAUCUACUGCAGCUUAUUUUUGCUCAUUGUUUCCUGUUUAUGUGGAUAAUCUUCUUAGCCACAGAAAUGUCCGGUCCUCUCUUUGAAUCCUUGAGUUUUUGCUUCUAGACAUUUCGGAGCAGUAAGUUCCACGGGCUUAAAAAAAAAUAUAAAGUAAUAACCUCUUUACUUUGUAUAUAGGUGACAAUUCUAUUCUUGAUAUGAUAUAUGAAAGGAUGAGUUGUUAUUUAUUGUGUUGCCUUUUAAUACCUGAUUUUCUUCAUUUUAUGUCAAAGGCAAGCACUCUUAAGCCUUUUUAGUGUCUCUAGCCAAUUUUUUUUCCCCAAAUCCUUUACUGAUUUUUGUCCUUUUUUGAAUUCUGUCCUUCUCUGACACGAAUUCUGACUCUAAACUUGUGGUUCCCUUCCUGGGAUGGAGUGAAGAUGAAAUGAAUGCAGUAAUCUGAGGAAGGUGCUGGAAAAUUACUCAGAUGCUCCUAUGACCCCUAAACAGAUUCUGCAGGUCAUAGAGGCUGAAGGUCUAAAGGAAAUGAGUGGCACAUCUCCCCUGGCCUGCCUGAACGCCAUGCUGCACUCCAAUUCCCGGGGAGGGGAUGGGCUCUUCUACAAACUGCCCGGACGCAUCAGCCUUUUCACACUCAAGAAAGAUGCCUUGCAAUGGUCCCGGAACCUGUCAGUGCCAGAAGGGGAGGAGCUGGAGGACACAGCAGAUGCAGAAAGCUGUGGGUCCAAUGAAGCCAGCACUGUGAGUGGUGACAACGAUGUGUCUCUUGAUGAAACUUCUUCUAACGCCUCGUGUUCCACUGAAUCUCAGAGCAAGGGACCUGCUACCAGGGAGGGCUACAGAACUGCUUCCCAGACAACCAAACAGAAGAAAAAGACAGGUGUGAUGCUGCCACGGGUGGUGUUAACCCCACUGAAAGUAAACGGGGCACACAUGGAGUCUGCCUCGGGCUUCACAGGAAGGCACGCUGACGGGGAGAGCAGCAGCACAUCCAGCAGCAGCAGCAGCUCCUUGGCCCUGUGCAAAACCAGCCUGCGCAGUAGGACAGAGAUAAACAGGGAUCCUCCUCAGCUGCUGAGGGGCAUCCGAAAGCCCACAGCUGGACAAAUGAAACGGAACAGGGGUGAGGAUAUUGACUUUGAAACCCCAGGCUCCAUCCUUGUCAACACAAACCUGCGAGCGCUGAUCAACUCCAGGACCUUUAACGCGCUUCCGUCACACUUCCAGCAGCAGCUGCUUUACCUGCUGCCUGAAGUCGAUAGACAGGUGGGGGCUGACGGGCUGAUGCGCCUCAGUGGCAGCGCUCUGAACAACGAGUUCUUCACCCACGCUGCACAGAGCUGGAGGGAGCGGCUCGCUGAUGGUGAAUUCACGCACGAGAUGCAAGUUCGAAUCCGGCAGGAGAUGGAAAAGGAAAAGAGAGUGGAGCAAUGGAAAGAGAAGUUCUUCGAGGACUACUAUGGGCAAAAGUUGGGCUUAACCCAGGAAGAAUCCCAGGCACAGAAUUCAGUGCAGGAGGACGCUGAGAACAGGACAGAGCUGUCUGUGAAAGGAGAAGCAAGGCUGCCACGUGGGCCGGCCACGCGCCAGAGGGACGGGCGCUUCCGGAAGCGCUCCCGGGCCGACCUGCGGUGCCGGGCCAGGAGGAGCCUGUACAGACUGAGGGAACCUGAGCACACGGAGACUCCCAAGGAGCCUGCUCCCGUGGGGCCAGAUCCCUCACUGCAUAAAGAGCCAAAGCCUGAGACAGACCUGAAGAAAGAUGAUCUGACCAGCCCCUCGGCUGCAGGAUUGAAGGCAGAGAGUACCGAACUGCACCUCUCUCCAGAGACUUCCAAAUCAAACAGCAAAUCAGAAGAUCCAUCAUUGGCAGCUACCAGCAGAAUUCCCAGUUUGCCCCAGGAGAACUCUGCUCAGGAGUCCAAGGAGCAGAAGAGAAAAAGCUUUGAGGAGGCUGCCUCUGCGUCCUUCCCCGAAAAGAAGCCCCGGCUUGAAGAUCGUCAGUCCUUUCGUAACACAAUUGAAAGUGUUCACCCAGAAAAGCCACAGCCUACUAAAGAGGAGCCCAAAGUCCCACCCAUCCGGAUUCAACUUUCACGUAUUAAACCACCCUGGGUGGUUAAAGGUCAGCCCACUUACCAGAUCUGCCCCCGGAUCAUCCCCAGCACGGAGCCCUCCGGCCGGGGCCGCCCCGGGGCCCGCACCCUCGCAGACAUUAAGGCCCGUGCUCUGCAAGCCCGAGCCCAGCGCGAAGCCGCCGCCAUCGGAGGAGGGGGUGGCCCUGGUGGGGGGAGAGGCUCCGAUGAAGGAGGCGGUGGAGGAGAAUCCAGCGGCCGUUCCCAGCACAGGAGAUCCAAGAGAGCUCACGGAAAGCGUGCGUCAGAUCUACAGCGAGCACAACUACAGCUGUCUGUUCAUCUGAGCGGGGGCAAGGCUGACUCCAAAGGGGCUGCUCAGGAGGCCAGCGUGAAUUCCUGCCUCUCUUCCAGACAAGAUCACUCUUCCUCAAAAAGCAAAAGGAGCAGCGUUCUGGGCUGUGCCACGGGGUCAGGGGACACUCAGCCUGGUGAUGGGUCACCCAGGAGACCGUUCUGUGGUUCUCUGACUGUGUCAUCCUUGGACAGUGCAACUCCUGAGAGGCAGGAGGAGAGUCCUGAGCAGCUCCUCCAUGACCCAAGGACAGAGCUCCCGUCUUGUGCUGCAUCACAGGACAGCACAAAGCUGGGAUGUGUGGUUCCUGUGGUGACCAAUCUGUCGUGUUCUGGGGGGCAGGGAGCUGGGGUCAGUCCCACGGGACACAGGGCUGUGGUGGAACUCGGAGAUGUUGGUGCUCCCACCAUACAGCUGGAUUAUGCUUCUGAUGUAAAGCAAAGUUCCUCCAGUUGUCCUUUUCCACCAGAAUUGUCAUCGAGUGUCACAGAACGCCAUGAUCCCGAAAAGGUGUCUGGUUUUAGAUAUAACAACUCCCAAACAUUUCUGGAAAAAUGUGUUGCUGAUAAUAGCUCCAAAACAGUGACUGUUGGAGUGAAGAAAGCGAUCCCCGCGGUGUGUGAUGCUGCACACAUGCAGGCAGAGAAAGGCAGUGAUGGCAAACUGAGUAAUGAGGAGCAAAAGGCAGAGGCUCUUCUGCAGCCCUCUGUGCAUGGUGACUUUAUUUCUCAGAAUAGGAUAGAUACCUCUGAAAAACUCCUGCAGCCACAGGAGAGGUGCCCCAGAACCGAACCAGAAAAUGCACAUCAGCCCCUGGGAGAGACUCAGGAGUUGAAGAGAAGUGGAGAUGAAGAAAUACAGAGUACACACAGUGAAACAACAGACACUGCUUCCGACUGGGAAGGGGACAUGGCUGAUGAGAAUGUGGAGGUGGAGAUGUGUUUCAGAAGUGUCAGCUGUAGGGAGAUGGCUGAGAAAAGCUCUUCCUGUCACAGCAGCAGUGAGAAGCGCAAUGGGAUUAGGUCAAAAUUGUCUGUGGAGACAGAGAGUCUGGCCUGUUCUGGGGACUUGGCUGCACCCCCAGCUCAGAGGUGGGGACCCCAGAAAGCCGAGCGCCCGGCCAGCUCUGCCCGGCCCAUGUCCUCCAUCGAGACCAACAACCCUCUGGUGAUGCAGUUGCUGAAGGGGAAGCUUCCACUGGAAGAAGUUCUCCCAGUGUCUCACGUCAACAUCAAGCUGGAAAUUGCACAGCCAGUGCUGCAGAAGCAGUCAGAAAGCCUCUCCCUGCAGCUGGACAGAAGCAGUGGUCACUGUUUUGGCAAAGAAUCUUCUCCAGAUGUAGGAAUAAAGACGAGUGCCCAAAGCAGGAGCGAUGAUGUUUGCUCAGUGAGAUCUUCUGUAGAUCCUCAGGAAAAAACCUGUGGAUCAGGAGCAGCAUUGCCUAGAGCAGAGGGUGCAGAGGAUCAGGCUGUCCCAGAAAAACAUUCCAAAGUUGGUUCGACUUUAAGCUGCCAGGACCAACUGGCAAACGUGGCAAGUGCCUCUCUGAAGUCUGAAGAUGCAGACCCUCGGGAAAGAACAUUUUCUUCCUGUAGCUUUGAGGAGCAGAAGGAGAUGCCCAAGGUCCACCGGAUGCCACAGCACAACCCGUUAGCAAGUGUCACAGCAAGUAAAAGCCCAGAGAAGCUGAAUGCCCCUACAGAGCCUCGGUUUUUAUCUCCAGGUGUAACUUCUCUUGGACCAAACCAGACAGGAGGUGCAUUAGUCAAUAAAAAUUAUGGUGGGGUUCAAGGCAAAAAGCUCUUUGGUUCUGGUUUUCCUUCCAGCCCCAGCGUGAGGCUGCAUCACUCCAGGGCUUUGGAACACAGUUCAGCCAUGGAAACCUUUUCCCCUGGCAAACAGAUUCCCUUGGACAAGGGCUGUGCACUGGGAGAAGGAAUCCCAGCUGCCAGGGAGGAAUGGACUUCAAAGCAUCACAGCAGCACCCCUGGAGGGAUCAGAAGCGAGAAGGUGCUGGUGUGUGGCAGCCCAGCCAAGAGUAAUGCAGAGAACCGGGGGGAUGUGGCCCAGCAGCCCACAGAACUGGCCGGGCACGCACAGAGAGAGCCACUGGUCAUGGACUGGCCCUUCUUUAAGUUUUCAAGGGAUCCAGGAAAAGGACAGUGUCACCCUUUGGAGCCUUCAUCCAUCCCCUCUCAGCUCAAUAUCAAGCAGGCGUUUUAUGGGAAGCUUUCAAAGCUGCAGCUUAAUUCCACCAGCUUUAAUUAUUCAUCCAACGCUCCGGCUUUCCCCCGAGGCCUUGCUGGGAGCGUGGUGCAGCUCACCCACAAAGCGAACUUUGCUGCGAGCCGGAACACGGCCCUGGCUGUGCAGAUGUUUGCUGACAGCAGCAGCGUCGACGAGAUCUCGUUCCAGUGCUCGUGCAGCCUCAAAGCCAUGAUCAUGUGCAAAGGCUGCGGCGCCUUCUGCCACGACGACUGUAUAGGACCCUCUAAGCUCUGUGUAUUGUGCCUUGUGGUGAGAUAAUAAAUUAUGGCCAUGGGACAGGUUGUAUAUUCAGUGUGUGUAUUUUGAUAACGACUGAUCCUAACGCCUGUACACAAAGUACACAAAGUACUCUCUGUUCAUAGUAGAAACGCUGUUACACUUUGUUUUGGUGAGGAACGUUGAGCUGCCUUCCCACGGAGGUCGACAGUGCAGAGCUCAUUCCUGCUGAUGGGGACACCCUGCUCUGGGUGGGCUGUGUCCCAUGGCAGCGAUCCUGCUGCUUCCUGCACCAUGGAAAUUCCAGCUGUGCUCUGGUGUUGCACCGAGGCUGACGCCGGGGGAGAGGCCGUUCGCUGUGGCAAUCCCUGGACCUUCUGUGGAGGAAAUCCUUACAUCCAAAGGACCUGGAAGAUGGUGAUUGCUAUUUCAGGGCUGCGCAAGGUGAGGCCCUACAGUCUUCCACUCUCCCCUUCUGCCAUCUCCAUUCCCGGUUUGUGUGGGAAGUGCUGCUGUGCAGUGAGGGUAAGCAGAAGAGCUGCCCUGCAGGGAUGGUUCCACGCAGUCUUUGGAUGCUGCAGCAGGAUGUGGUGCCCAGGGAUGUGCUCUGCAGGUGGUUCUGGAGCUGUGUACAGCCCACCAUGUGCCACAUGGAACCCACGUGGAGGAUGCAAGAAGAGGAAAAAAAUUUCGGGGCAAGUGCCAAGCAAAUGCCUUCUGCUGGCCUGCAGGAAGCUGUGUGGCCAGGGAACUGUUCCUGGCUGAACUGGCCCAGCAGCUGUGCCUGCCUCCUUUGGCCAACUUCCACAAACUGCUGUGGAACACUGGAGGUUCCCUGGAGCUCAGUGAUAGGGUCAGUGAGCUCUGCACUGCAGCUUUGUGGUGAGGACCUGAAAGCCCACAGCAGCUGAGCACCUGCGAGCAUCAAGCUGUGCAUCUGUGUGACCAUCACCUAACAUUUAAAGCAGUGUUCUUUCCUCUUUUUUAUUUUCCUUUUUUUAUAUAUUUUCAUUAUUGGAUGUAUAAAGUGAGUUAUUUGGCUCCUGUAAGUAUCCUCUCUGCAUCUGUUUGAUCAUAUAUUUAUAUGUUGUACACAGUACUGGCCAACUCUGUAAAUGGAUGUAAUGUACAUAGAGCAUAAAGGGGUCUUUUUUUUUCCUUGGAUUUCCAGGCUCUACAGCAGUAUUGCAUUAAAGUGGUGUUAGUUAUUGUCAGAGCCACUGUAUUCCGUCUUGCCUGACGUGAGGCUCACCACACUGGGGUUGGUUCCAGCAGCCUCCCCGUGCCCGAGGUGCCCGGGUGGACUGUGCUGAGCAGGCUCAGGAUGACCAGGUGGGAUUUGCUGAGCCGAGCUCACUCCCCGGUUGCUCAUUGUAGCUCUUGCCAGUUGUUGCUGCACCUGAGCUCCCAGGGCAUGGCUGUACCUGCACUGCAAGGAGGUGAAUGAACAUCCAUGUGCAUCCAGAGAGGGAGAGCAAAACUGCAAUUCUCUUCCUCUUUGGAGCAAUUCCUAAUCAAGAGUUAAUUGCUUCAGUGAGGGGGAGAAGCCGCUGGCUUAUUCAAGCGGGCAGUAGCAAGAAUUUUAGGGAGUUUAUUUUCAUUUUUUUCUUCUUGUCCCUUUUCCAGCUCCAUCCUACCUCCCUUCACCAUGCACUUUCUUUCAGCCGUGCAAGUUCCUCUUUCAGCCACAAUCGUGAGGGGUGGAGCAAGUUCAGUCCCUGAGAUGUUUUUUAUCCUCAAUGCAUCCACCAGCCUCAUCCCACGAGAGUGAGAGCCCGGUGCACCCCGGCCUGGGCAGGGCUGCGGUGCCCCUGGGGGCGAGCAGAGGUGUGGAACCUGCUUACCAAAGAUGGGGAGUGGAGCAGGGGGCUGGCUCUGCCUCCUGGGGGCCACUGCAGUGUUCAGCUCGGACUGGUCUGGGGGGCAGAGCCCUCGGGGGGGCCUGCUCGUGUCUGUCCCUUGUGCUAUUGGAAAAAUAAACACUGUAAAAUCUG